AUAAAGAUCAUGAUACUCCUAGUUUUUCAGAACCUUCAGACAUAAAUGAUACUGAAUCAUCAGAAAAUCGACCUAAAAAAAUGCUUAAAAUUAGACAAUCAGCACAAGUGUCUAUCAUCGAAAGUGAAGAUUCACCAUCCUUCAAAUCAUUUCAAUCAGUUCUCAAAUCUGAAAAACAGCUUGAAGCCUCAAAUAAACUUUUCCGAAGUAAAAAUAAUAGAAAUGAACAGCAGCUUUUUCCUGAUCAAUCAUUAAAAGUUCCAGACGUAGAGAUAUUAACAAAUAAUGUUAAAUCUAAUCCACUACCAUCGAAUGUUAGUUGGGUUUGGGGUCUUCGUAAUAUUCAAAACGAAUUUAAUCAAUCAUCUACAUAUGACUUAGAAGACUUAGAAUGGCCAUUGUUAGAUAAUGAUGAUGAUUCCGAAUCAGAAUCUGACAAUAUAUUUGAAUCACCAACACAAGCUGAACAAUCACCAUUAACGGAAGCCUAUAUAGCUUCUUAUUUAGAUCCCCGGUUCAAAAAUUUGUCUUUUACUAACAAUGAAAAAAAAAAAGAAGUCUUAGAUUUAUUAUGUGAAAUUAUAAAAACAAAUAAUACUGCUAUUAACGCUCCAGCAAGAACUGAAAUGGAUAGGUUUUUCGAUAGUAAAAUUCCUGAUUAUGUUGUAGAUGAUGAGUUAGAACGAUAUAAAAAA